GCAGUGUGUGUUGACGAGCUGAGACCAUAGCAACGCUGUCGCGACGGCCACCUCGACCGGCUUGAUAGUGGUAAACAAUGGGUAAAUCAUGCGGGCAAUACCUGCGUAAAGUUGUAUUGGAGAACGGGACAUCGACCGUCAGCAGAAACAUUCCAAUAAUCGUCCAAUUUUCUGAGAGUUGUAAGCCAUAAGGAAGAAAAUAAAGCACAUAAUCGGAUAGAAAGAACUCUUGCCACUUCGCUGACGGACCACAAAUUUGAGUGAAAUCGAGGAUCAUAAUUUUUUGACAAGACAAAUUUACGCAAGAAACAAAACUCGGACUCGGAGUCACUGAGCAAGUGAUUAUUUGCCCCGCUGGUGGGUGUGUUUUGGUGCUUGCUUUACCUGGGCCUGGCUAGAGAAUAACUUAAUCAACAUGUAUGAUCGGGCCCCAAGAGUUCUUACUGAAGGAGCACAAGCAACUGGACCUUUUGUUGGACCAGGUGCUUAUGAUGCAUUUCAACCAACCCGUGCCAAGAUCAAAUCAGAUGGCUAUGCUCCAUUUUCCUCCAUGACACCCAGGGAAACCUUCCUUACAGUUCAAGAUGCGGUCAUCGCAGCACCAGGUCCAGGGCACUAUGACCCAACAGAAGCACAACUCAGAAUCACAGGAGGCCGUACACUUGCCAAUACGGCGAAGAGGUUUGAAGAGGACUCUUCCACAUCAGUGCUAACUCCAGGACCAGGAACUUACAACCUCUCAAAGUCCAAAGAUUGGCUAAAGCAAAAUACUAAUAAAGAAAAGGAGAUAGUACAAGGACAGCUGAUGACAAAUCGUAUCAAGUACUCGAGGAAAGCACAAGCGCCCUCUAUUCCUACUCCUGGCCAGGCCUAUGGUUACGAAGAAUCCGAGGAUGGAGUCCUCAAGAAACAGGAAGCACCAGCCAAAGAUAAAACAUUGGGACCCGCCUUUUACAAUGUCGCAAAUGGUAACACUAAAGCAACGGCCAAGUACAAGGGAGUUCAUUUUGGGAACCUGACCUCGUCGAGGAUGGACUUCCGGGGCAACGUAGGACCUGGUCCCGGUGAAUAUGAUCCCUUCAGCAAACCAGAGGCCGAUGUAGAGAACAUCAAUGCAGCCAUCACUAAGAGUGGGACCAGUGCCUUUGAGGCUAGGAUACCAAGAUACCAUGAAGCGAUCGUCCAAGGAGAAGGAAAGAAGGCUGUACCAGGCCCGGGUAAAUACACCAUUAACAGUCAGUUUGACAAGAGACCACCAGCAGUCAACACAGAAGGCCUGGAGGUUGAACACCCCCCGUUCCUCUCACAAGCAAAGAGAUUUCAAGAAAAGAAGAACAUUGUCCCCGCCCCCGGUUCCUACAAUGACCCUCGCCACGCCCUUGAGGCCACCAAGAAACUCAGAGGUCUAAAGAGAAGCCCGUUUGGUCAAACAUCAGUGAGAUUCGUCCCAGAGCCCCACAUCAAGAAAACUCCAGGUCCUGGAUCAUAUAGCUUCCCUGGCAUUGCCGACGGUAGCAUGAGGAAGGCGUACAUCGAGAGCACGCGGAGGGGAGCUUUUGGAUCCACGUCGGUGAGGAUCAAACCAAUCACCAAGCGCCAGGACUCCUCCCAGCCAGGCCCCUCCCAUUACCAGCCAAAGGAAACCCCCCAAUACAGCAGAUACACCUCCAACCUCUCCGCUAACUUUGCCUCGCAGAGCAACAGGUUGACAUCACCGGCCCCGGUCACGAUACAGGACAACCCUCCUCCUGGGUCGUAUGAAGUGAGGUCCUCGCAUGACUUGUCCCAGGGCAAGAAAGAUCCCGCCCCGCCCCGAACGCACGCUGGCAAGAGAAAGAAGGGCUCCUUCCUGUCGUCUACUCGUCGUUUUGCCCCACCUCGCGAUGUCAUCAUUGAGAAACCAGAGCCUGCUAAUCCAGGACCUGGAACAUACAACCCAGCAGCAAAGGAUACGGUCAAACUCAGUCUUCUUGUCGGAAAGGACAACCGUUUCAGAGAAUUCAGAAAGAACGAGAACCCUGGUCCAGGAACUUAUGAGUUGAGUCCUCUCUUGCAAGACACCGUACUGAAGGGUACCUUCAACGCAACCCUCAACAACCCCAUCGCACCGCAGCUGGAACUCCACCGGUCACAAUCGCAGCCUAUGAGCCAACAAGCCUUCGUACUUGGAGUAUAGGACCAUCUUCUUCCUUGCCAACACAGGUGUACUUUGCAGCAGAUCUUGUAGCCUAUGGUGGAAAAGAACUUCUUGUUACUGUUUAAAAAAACUGUGCCUUGUGUUGGAAAAUACAUGUUUCUUCAUGUUGCCAUUGUCCAUGGAAUGGCAAAAUCAUGCACAUCAUAUGCAGUGUCGGCCAUGUUGGCGUCCACAGCUGCAAAGUUGCUUAUACGUUGCUAUCACAUGUGUUUCAGUCGAAAUAAAGAAAGGAAAAAAAUUGUAAAUCUUCUGGAAACUUGUUGGAAUGGGUUGAUGAUGCCAUUACUCGGUUCACUUCAUAUUAAAAUAAAGGUGUGAUUGGGUGGGGGAAGGGUAGAAGGGAUUCUCCCUCUUGUGGCAAAAUGUAAAAACAUUCUUGCCAUCUGUCAAGAGCAUCGCGGUGCGGAUUCACUUCAAAAUCUUGUCAAUGACCUCCUACUUUUUUUAAAGCUAAGGUUCCAAAUUUGUGUUAAAACACAACUCAGAAACUCAAAUGCAAGUCCCAAAUGUGUGCUUGUGAUUGCUCGAGAACAUCAAGUUAUGAUUGAUUUUUGGACUUGUUUUUGAUCACAACCAUUUUUGCAACAGGCUGUAACACAGAGUAAUCAGGUUGAAUAUUAGGAAGCAGUUUGUUGACUCUAAAGUGUGUCAAAUAAGAAAGGAGAGAUUGACAGUACAAAGUCAAGUACAAGCUUCCCCCUCCCUCUUGCAUCAUAUGUGAAAAGGCAUUUUACCCUUCAGAUUUGAGUACGCAAUUUCAUAAUUCAUUGAGGGGAAUAUUAAAAAUUAAUCUUCUGUUAUUGUUUCCAGGUGGCAGAUGUGAUAGAAAUUUUCUUGAGGAAAAAUUCAAAAUUUUAAUAGUAAAAAGCAAGAUGGAAAAUUUUUUAAUCGGUUGCUUUUUUCCAGCAGUCUUUACAUGCAAAAAUUGCAUUGUGGUUAAUUUUACUGUUUUCUCAUGUCAAAGUGUGCCGUCAUGAUCGGAUUCCGUCUCUAAAAGCCGUCCAAUAUUCUGAUUCUCAUAUUCACAGACUAUCCAGAAUAUGACCUUUAUUUUAGCCUUUUUACUUUACACUUUUAUAAAUCAUUUUAUACAAUUACACAAUUUGUGACUUAAUGUGUAAGUGAUACCGUCCAGUCUUAUAUGCCUCGAGUAUUUGAUACAAAACUUCCAUUUCGCAAAAUAUUUCAUGGUAGAAUGAAAAAUGUUUAGCAAAUUGCUAUCAGUAUUAGAUUUUGUAUUUUUUAUCAUUAUACGACAAUGUAUGCAUGUCACAAGGUGUAUAUAUAUAUAUAUAUAUAUAUAUACUACAUGUACUUUGUGCCAUCAGCACUUUGCAGGGUAUAUAUGGCACAUAGUUAUGAAUCAUUUCUACUACUACUAUCAUUCAUUAUUAUUACUUGCAGAUCACAAAUGCAAAAAUAAAGAAAUCAAUGGACAAUUUUGAAUAUAUUGAAUGGUAAAAAUUGUAUUGUUGCUUUCUUGUUAAGCAUUUACAAAUGAAAGAGCCAGGAACGGUAGAAACAGUAAGCGUAAAUCUUAUUUUAAUGUAUACCAUAGACAAUUUAUCGGCUUGAUUGAUCAUUGUCAUAGUCAUAGUGACAAAGUUGACAUAACUAUAUCGCUAUAUACUUUGGCGUUCUGGCCUAAACCUGCAGUAGACCUUAUGCAUUGACGUCAUCGUGCUGCCAUCUUGAGGCAUCAGCCAUUGCCUUGCAUGCAUUGGUGAUCUGCAGCUGGCGCAUCUCUGACAACUCUGUAUACGUGUAUUCCUAUAUCCUCUGAGGGAGGGCGCUAUGAGAAUAUGAUGUCAUAUUCAUAAGGUCUAUACAGUUAAAAUUUGAGCCAUGUGCUCUGGGUCACGUCUAUUGGAUGGUGAUGUCAAAGGUCGUUCUCAGAUGUAAAUCGUCAUAUCUGAUUGUUACGUAUCCGUAAAACCCAAACACACAUGCUAUGUGCUUUUUAUGAUAGUAACAUAUGUUAUUUUACUGAUAUAUGUAAUCAAUAGGGUUGGAUCUAUGACUUGGACAGCACAAAUAUAUUAGUAAUAACAGGUAAUAAUUAUAGUAACAGAUAUUUCAAAGUUUGAGACUUGAAAAUUCUAAUUUCUUGCAACAUGAGCCAUCAUAGGUACGCUUGCGUAUGAUGUAUUCUUGAAAGAAUCCCUGUGGAAUCUAUUUGAUGUAUUUUUGAAUAAUUUACAAUGUUCAAUCAUUUUGUAUAUAAAGAAGAAAUAUAUUAAAACUAUUAUGUGAACAAUCA